GCCGAGCCUCCUGGUCUUGCAGCCGCCCGGGCGGGACGGGUCUGUCAAGAGCAGCAGGAGCCCGAGCCUGUCCCAGACUCAAAUGGCUUUGCUGUGCUACAGGAAGGGCUGUGGGCAGAGGUUUGACCCCGAGAGGAACACCCAGGAUGCCUGCCUCCACCACCCGGGCUUCCCCAUCUUCCACGAUGCCUUGAAGGGCUGGUCUUGCUGCAAGAAACGGACUACCGACUUCUCUGAAUUCCUCUCCAUAAAGGGCUGCACGAAAGGCUACCACAGCAACGAGAAGCUUCCAGAGCCCGAGGAGGCCUCAGCCCAGCCGAAACCCAAGAUGGGCACCGAAGUCCUCGUUCAGGGGCCAAAGUCCGCUGAGAGGCUGCAGCAGGAGAGGCCCAGUUCCGAUGAGCCCAAACAGCCGCUGUCGCUGAAGGUGGCCCAGGCGCUGCAGCAAGUCCUGGAGAAGCUGGACACGUCCCCUGCCACGCCACCUGCCCCGCAUGGCUCGGCCAGCCCCGGGGAUGAUUCGGAGGUGAGCACCAGCACGGCCUGCAAAAACGCUGGCUGCCAGGCGAUUUACCAGGGGGAGAGGAGCAAGAUGGAGACUUGCCUGUUCCACCCAGGGGUGCCUGUCUUCCACGAGGGCAUGAAAUUCUGGAGCUGCUGCAGGAUCAAAACCACAGACUUUGCUGCAUUCCUGGAGCAGAAGGGCUGCAGGAGAGGGAAGCACACCUGGGUGAAAAAGCAGGAGGACAAGAAGCUGGUCUCUUGUCGGCAGGACUGGCACCAAACCAGCAGCCAAGUGGUGGUGACCAUCUAUGCCAAGACCCCUCUGCCCCACCUCAGCUCCAUCCAGGCCAGUCGCACUGUGCUGGACAUCCGGGUAGUCUUCGAGGGAGACAAGAUGUUCCAGGCCCAGCUGGAUCUCUGGGGGGUCAUCAACGUGGAGAAGAGCUUUGCCAACCUGUUGCCUUCCAAGGUGGAAAUUGCCCUGAAGAAAGAGAGCCCUGUUACCUGGGCCAGGCUGGAGCAGCUGCAGAGCCGAGGAGAGGCCCUUCAGCAUUACAAUGCUGAUGCCGCGGCAGGCAGCUCCCCGGAAGCCCAAGGAGGCCCUUCGGAUGAGUCAGACGACAGCCUGAGCUGGUCAGAGGAAGAGAGCGAGGAUGGAGGGGGAAGCCAAGCAGCAGCCGGCAGGAGCUGAGCUGAG